GUUAGACAUUAUGAUCAGAUAAUCAAGACAACAGAGCCAAACAAGUGUAUAAAUGUGUCAGCCUGACAUCCUAACAAGAACGUCUGUGACCUGCGGCCAUCAUGAACAGUCUGCGUACUUUUCUGCUCCUCCAUGUUCUAACAUGUGUUGGACAAACUGUAAACGGGAGUGACAUUAUACAUGGAGAAAAAGCUCCAAAGAACUCAAUGCCGUACAUGGUCUCUGUGCAGAACCAUCAUGGCCAUAUGUGUGGAGGAUUUCUCAUCACUCAGGGUUUUGUGGUCACAGCUGCACACUGUGGGGAAAAUAUACUUACACACGUUAUUCUUGGAACCAACAAAAUCAUGGAGGACAAUUAUUUAAAAAGAGGAAUUGAAAAGAGUUACAUACACCCUGGUUACACAUCACCUGGUUUUGGUUUUGACAUCAUGCUUCUAAAGUUAUCAGUUGAAGUUGACAUAAAUGAGAGAAUCCACACAAUUAAAAUUCCAGCCUCUAAAAUGAAUGUAAAAGAAAAUCAAACAUGCUCUGUGGCUGGAUGGGGUAUGACUCAAACCGCGGGUUCAGUUGUCAAUGAGCUGAGAGUGGUGAACGUGUUGAUCAUAGAUCCAGAAAGCUGUAAAGAGGAAUGGACCGCUCUUCCUCCCAAUGUGAUCUGUGCAGGAGGAAGUGGUACAGACAAAGGAUUCUGCCAGGGUGACUCUGGUGGUCCUUUGGUGUGCAACGACAUAGCUGUUGGCAUUGUUUCUUUCAACAAGAAUUCCAACUGCAACUACCCAGAUGUGCCCAAUGUCUACACUGAUAUCUCAGAAUAUGUUCCUUGGAUAAAUGAGAUUGUGAAGGAGAAUUAUUAUCAUAUGUAAACUUGUUACUCAAAGCUUUGCUCCAGCACACAUCCAUUGUAUCUAAGAGGUGAAAUUUCACCUAUUAUGUGUUAGUGUUUAAUCUUCAACAUAAAUGUA